AGGACCAAGAACGAAUUGCCUAAUGUGUGUGGUAAUUAUUUGUGUGUUGUAGAUGUUUACUAAACACGCUUAUCCCGUAAGACAUAUCGAAAUAACACACCACAACCCUGAAGUCCAUGGUUAAUUGGUGAGACGUCGUACGUACUGCAUACGGUGAGUGCAUCUUGAAUUAGUCUGUUCAGCGUUGUAAAAUGAUGUAAAACGAAUAACAGAUGAUACUUUUUUAAAGUUAGUCACACAAAGAGGAUGAAUACUAGAGUGGCGCGAACUCUUGACCCUUUUCUUGGUAUGUAAUGGUGGCCUAUUGUGCGAGCAGGAACAAUAGUAUACUCUCUAACUCUUUAUCCUUCACCGCCCGAUCUUUUAUGACAUUGUGUAAGAUUAUUUUGACGACCCUAACUUUUCUUUGUUUUCCUAUAAUUCAGGUGACGAUGUUACGCUACACUCCAAAAGUAUGUAUAGUAACUAGAGUAAGAAAAUUGCUGGCACUUGCUCAAGAUCAUAACAAAAUAACCACCAGAUCCUUACAGAGAUGGGGUGCAGUCUUGUUAAAAGAUAAAGGGACACGUGCUCCUUCAGGUAACAACACUUUUUAAUUCAUAACUUUAAAAGGGAUCUUUUAUUUUAUUUUUUUAUUUUUUUUAAAUUGACCAUUGGCGAAUAGUUAGGAAAAUUGCUGAUUUAAAUAAUAAUAAUAAAAGAGGUCUCAUUAAUAAUCAAACUCUACUCUUUCUCUUCAAGUGAUCUCGGGUUUGUUUUAAAGGGAUCUUUUUAAUUUUAAACUAUGUCCCAUACUUAUGGUGGUGUCCAUACUAAGGAAUCCCUUUGCACACAAACUAUGUAUGAUAUAAAGAAUUUUUAGAAAAAAAUAUGAUUUGUCAUCUUUGACUGAUCAUUUUUAAUUAGUGUUUUACACUUUUAAUCAUUGAGUUAUUAGGUUAUGUUCCUAUUAUAUUUUUUAAAUUAUGUAUUUUAUGUAAGAAAUCACUUGACCGAUAUGUUUUAAUAUUUGACUGUCACCAUUAUAUUUUUAAAAUAAAUACAAUUCUUCUGUUGUUUUUUUUUUUAGUGCAGCAGACAGCCAAUUUUGAUUCGAUCAAGAGAAGAGGAUUCUACAUAGACGAAGUGGUAACGAGAAUUUCAUGUUUUUAUUUUUUUUAACAAACUUUAUUUUUCGUACUCAGUACGAAGCUGUAAGGUGAGUGCUUCAAUGGUGGCAUUUACCAGUUUAAUGGUCGGUGGCAUUUACUCAUUUGUCUAAUGGUUGUCAAAAGAAUUUUUUUUUUAAAGGGCAAAUGAGGUAUACGCUCUACAAGAGACAGCACAAUUUAAAAUUUAGAUUAAUUUCAGGCAUUAAUCGUGCAGCUAAGGAAACAGAAAAAAAUUGAACUUUCUUGUCGUAUUAGCAUUACGUCAAACUGGGAUUGAUUGCGAAUGAUGAGCAGCGUAAUUAGAGUCGUUGUGUAUUUAAUACCGAAAUUCUGAGUGAAAUAAACAUAUAUUGGAAUUCGUCAUUUCUAUACUCACAUCCUCAAUUUCCACUAAGGAUUGGUUGGAAUGGCAUAGUACGCUUGGACAGAGAUUGACAGAAACACAAUCAUUUAUUCUUUAGUUUUGAUGUUAUGGGAAUGUAUUCAGGCAAAAAAAUCAGGCUAAACAUUCAGAGAAGUAAAUUAUGCAAAAUCGCUUUUAACGCAAAACCCCAUUCUUUGCUUUCUAGGUGACAAACAAUUCCAUGAGCUCUUCAUAGCCUGGUAACAAGCUAUCUGUUCAAUUGACAAUCUGUCAGUCUAUUCAGUCGAACCUGAGACAUUGAUGAUCUCAAGUAAUGUUGUAUCAGCUUAAAUAUUGAACAAAAGGCAACUUUUCUCUUCACUUGCAACAGUUACCAACAUUAUUUUGUAGUACAAAUCUUAUAGUACUUAUUGUAAGCCCGAACCAUCUACUCCCAACGCCUUGUCUAAAUCCGUUCUGUGACUGCGUAAACUGUCCACCGAGUCAUGGUGCGGGUUUGCUUAUCAUCAUUUAGAAAGACCAACAAUAUCAACGUACAGUUGCAGCUGCUGGAGAUUAUUCUUCAAGGCUCCCCAACACCUGCAGCUGCUGGAGAUUAUUCUUCAAGGCUCCCCAACACCUGCAGCUGCUGGAGAUUAUUCUUCAAGGCUCCCCAACACCUGCAGCUGCUGGAGAUUAUUCUUCAAGGCUCCCCAACACCUGCAGCUGCUGGAGAUUAUUCUUCAAGGCUCCCCAACACCUGCAGCUGCUGGAGAUUAUUCUUCAAGGCUCCCCAACACCUGCAGCUGCUGGAGAUUAUUCUUCAAGGCUCCCCAACACCUGCAGCUGCUGGAGAUUAUUCUUCAAGGCUCCCCAACACCUGCAGCUGCUGGAGAUUAUUCUUCAAGGCUCCCCAACACCUGGUUUUCGAAACAAAUAACGUAUUCUCUGCUGAAAGAUUUUUUGUCGUCUGUUGUGUCUCGUUCCUUUAAUAGUUUCAUAUUCAAACUGCCUAUUUCUUCGCCUAAUACAAAGUUCUUCUACAACCAGUUCGAUAUUUGUUUCUGAUGCACUUCCUUAGCAGUGGUCAUUGUUGAUGCAAAGCCUCCUCUAUGUUCUUUGAAGAAAUGUAUUUGACCUUGGACAUGUGUAAUGGCUACAAGUUGCAUAGUCGAGGUCUUCAUGCGAUUGGCCUCGGAGGGAAAGUAUGGGAAAUUAACAGUCAGGCAAUUUGAUUAUCUUGUACCACAGAACAUUGAUUUGCCUGGAAAGUAUGAACUAUUAGUAGGCACGAAAUGCCAUGGUUAUAUUAAUAAUAUAUGUAUUAUUAUAAAGGCCACACGCAGGACAGGGCAUGGGCGCUCACCCCGUUCGCUACCCCUGGCGUAGGCCCUGACUAUAAGAGACAACAUAACUGAGUUUGCGUUGUUUCUUUCCACACCAACAGUACCAACAUGUGAAACACACUGGCGUGAGGGAUCUGUCACUGGUUGAUGACGGUAAAAAUAUUCAGGUGACCUGGGAGGACCAACAUAUCUCUAGGUAAAUGGCUUCAUACAACAUAUCUCUAGAUAAAUGGCUUCAUACAACAUACCUAUAGGUAAAUGGCUUCAUACAACAUAUCUCUAGGUAAAUGGCUUCAUACAACAUAUCUCUAGGUAAAUGGAUUCAUACAUAUAUGUCGUGUCUCCAUGUAUUGUCAGAAGGGGGGGGGGGUCUUCGUUGGGAAGGGAGGGGAAGGGAGCAGCUGCUUCCAAUUUGAAAUGGUGUGUAUGUGUGUGUGGAGGGAUUUUAAAAAGAGACAUCAAAUUGUGACGAUUGUUGACAUCUCAUGUUUUAGAUUUCACGCCAUGUGGCUGCGGCAUAACUGCCAGUGUGAAACAUGUUUGCCCCAAACAUCGACAGUUUUAGUGGACUUUUCAAAGAUCGAUGACGAUAUCAGGGUCACAUCUGCUCGAAUGGAAGGUAACCAAAUAUAAAUCAGUAAAUAUUGUAUUGAAAAAAAAAAUAAAAUAACAGAGAAAGUUAUGAUGGUGCUUUCCCCUUGCUCAUCGCCCGCCCUGUAGUGAUUAAACAAAAAUCAGCAUUAGUAGUAGUCGUUAUAUCCACCUUUUAUGAAAUAAUUACUUACAGAGAUUACAUACCCAGAGAUUACAUUCCAAAUAAACUAUGUAAAGAGUUUGUAAACUCUUCAUUCCUUCCAAGGCCAUUCAUUGCGCGUAUCACACGUGAGGUUUUAAAAUUUGAUUUUAAUGACAGUGAAACUGUUUUUUUUUUAAAGGGAACAAAGCAGGUGGUCAAAAUGUACAACCUGCCAAUUAACUCCAGAAUAAGGUGUGUACCGAGUUUAAGCCAUCUAGGAAGAAGGGAACCUAGAGAAAUACUGUCUCAAAGGGAGGUAGAGCGUCGCUCAUGAAACAAGCACGUUAAGUUCAAUCAAAGCGAGUCAAAAAUGUUGUUUACAUUCCAGGUGAAGAUGUCAUUAAUUUGACCUGGACAGGUCAAGCAAGGGACACGCAUCACGAGGGAUUCAUUUUAACCAAGUUUCUACGCCACUACUGCUACUCUGAAGCCGCGGAGCGUAAGAGACGGACAGAGAGAGCGAUGAACUUUGACAACGACGUUAGUUACUGUAGUAUUCUAUAAGCAUUUAUUUAUAUAAUACCUCCUUAUUUUUUUUCCCAGCCAGGUCAGUGGUCUCAUGCUGCUCAGAGGAGGAAUAGAUGGGCCCUUUCAAGGAAUCUCAGAGCUCUUUGUAGGAAUAUAUAGAAUUUAGUUUGUAAUCACAUACGCCUCCCAAAAUAUAUUCUUUUCAGAAAUCAUUGAUAGAAUGGCUCCCCAUUGAAAAACAAAGGUUUAAGAUCCCCUUACCUAGCUGAAGGUUUACUCGUGGCUUGAUUUCUGUUGAAAAAAGUUACAAAGAAAUUUUAGCUGAGCUCUGUAAUACACCCCGACAGGCUUCUUAAACACGCUUCCUGUGUUCCCACUUCCGGCGACACCAAUGGAUACUUCUUGAGUUGUCUACUGUGCUCUAUUCUUUGUUAUAUUCUCAUUUAUACUGUUGGCUGAGGAAGGCUUUAUGCCGAAACGUACUUGUUUUUUUUGUCCUGUUAUCUUAUUCAAGCUUCACACAUACCUCGUUUUUCCAUUUCAUUCAUUUACUAAGCUUGAAAGCAGUCCUUUCAUUUACAUUCAAACACGCAACACGGUUACUGCCAUUAAUGACAUGCGUACGUAAUUUAAGUUGGGGGUGGGGCAUUGCUAUCAUAUAUUCUUAAUGUAUAAAGCUCAUUGAAGAUAUUUUGCAAAGUCAUAAUUUUCAAGAGUCGUUUGGUUCUCCCUUACUCAUCACACCUUCUAGAACUAUAAAAAAAAAAGUAUCCUUCAUUUUCUUUAAAUGAAUUUUAGUUUUUAGUAACUAAACCAUUAUGUGAGUCAUGGAUGCGAAAUAUUUGUUCAUAUGCAUUUCCUGUAUCUCUUCUAUUGAAAACAUAAUAUAGAGAGUGAUACCUGAGGUUGAAUUUGAUGACGUCAUGAAAAACGAAGAGGGACUGUACAAGUAAGUUUUCAGAUAAGAUGUCUACCUACGCAUGCGCAGACCAGCAGAAAUCUAGUGGUCAAGUUGUAGAUUAUGAUGGCUAAAGUGUGUGUGAGGGUGGAAGAGUUUUUUUUUUCACGAAAUUUAUAAGUGCAGAAUCCCCCUGAACUCUGGUUUCUCCCCGGGACUCUGGUUUCUCCCCGGGACUCUGGUUUCUCCCCGGGACUCUGGUUUCUCCCCAGGACUCUGGUUUCUCCCCGGGACUCUGGUUUCUCCCCGGGACUCUGGUUUCUCCCCGGGACUCUGGUUUCUCCCCGGGGCUCUGGUUUCUCCCCGGGACUCGGGGUGACAUGUUUGUAGCUGCAUGCCGACUAAAGAGGCGCCGCCACCGACCCCAUAGUGCUACCCGGGGAACAUAACCACCAUUGCGUGAUCCUGGGUGGACAGACAAGGGUCAUGCAUAAGAUAUCUGCCGAAAUUGGUAGCCUCUGCAGUGCUACUACCAGCUACGGACACAUCUACAGGGUUAGGAUCAUGAUAACUGUGUUGCCGCAUGAAAUGGGGCGUGGCAAACUCAUGACAAUGAUUCUAUUUACACGGCCAUUGAGGACGCUGUUCGUAGUCAAGUUUUUCGUCCGCGCUACUACGUGAACUAGUUGCGAAGUAAAAAUCCGCUAUCGAAAACUCUAUUAGAUGCAGGGUUUCUUUCAGCUAUAUCUCUGGGAGGGCACUGCCCCCACCCCGGGGAAAGCCAAGUGCCCCCCCCCCCUCCGGAGCAAAAAUAUUUCCAACAAAAAUCUGGCGGCCCCCCCCCCCCCCCGCCGGGGAAAAUUUCUGAAAUAAUCACUGAUUAGAGCCAUUAAAGAAAGUCGGUCGACUGAAGUUAGGGGCGGGGGGCUGUCCUAGCAGGAGGCGUUUCUCCAGCGUGCCGCUUCGCUGACGCCAUUUCCUAAUGUACUUAAGAGCCAUAACUUUUCCUUUAUUUAGAUUCGAAAUCAGUUAACAGUUUUCUUCUGCCUAUAAUCAUAAUAAAGGUUCAGUUUAAUAUUUUAUACCUUUAGUUCAUUAUAAGGAGUUUGUAUUGAAAACUUCUAUGAUCCAACUUUUUAAAGUAAAACUUCAAUAUUCAUAUUAAAAGAAAGAAGAAAAAAAUACCUGAAGUCGUAUUUGCUUCUGGAAUAUUCCAGGUGGCUCACAGCAUUAAGUGAUAGAGGACUUUGUUUGGUUAAAAGUGUACCCACUGUUAGAGGGACCAUACGUCAGGUAAGAUUCGGGAUUAAAACACAACAGGGAAUCUAUAUACUAGAGUUCUAGAAAACUGUGGGUAUUAUUUAUACAAGUUUGUUUUAAAGAGAAAGUCUUUCCAAUGAGUGAUGAUUAACGUCACAAAUAACAUUUCUUAACUUGAGAUGAUUAAAUGAUUAUCUUUUUGAUGUCAUCGCGUUGGUGGCUUGAAACUCAAUCUUGUUGUUUCGGAUUAUGUAUGAAUAGGGCGUCACCCUGACAAUGUCUAGAUGUCUAGAAGCAAAUGUCGGGUAAUAGCGUCAUCAAGUCAAUGUCUAGAUGUCUAGAUGUCUAGAGGCAAAUGUCGGGUAAUAGCGUCACCAAGUCAAUGUCUAGAUGUCUAGAUGUCUAGAGGCAAAUGUCGGGUAAUAGCGUCACCAAGUCAAUGUCUAGAUGUCUAGAUGUCUAGAAGCAAAUGUCGGGUAAUAGCGUCACCAAGUCAAUGUCUAGAUGUCUAGAUGUCUAGAGGCAAAUUUCGGGUAAUAGAGUCACCAAGUCAAUGUCUAGAUGUCUAGAUGUCUAGAGGCAAAUGUCGGGUAAUAGCGUCACCAAGUCAAUGUCUAGAUGUCUAGAUGUCUAGAGGCAAAUGUCGGGUAAUAGCGUCACCAAUUCAAUGUCUAGAUGUCUAGAGGCAAAUGUCGGGUAAUAGCGUCACCAAGUCAAUGUCUAGAUGUCUAGAUGUCUAGAGGCAAAUUUCGGGUAAUAGUGUCACCAAUUCAAUGUCUAGAUGUCUAGAUGUCUAGAGGCAAAUGUCGGGCAAUAGCGUCACCAAUUCAAUGUCUAGAGGCAAAUGUCGGGUACUAGCGUCACCAAGUCAAUGUCUAGAUGUCUAUAGCCAAAUGUCGGGUAAUAGCGUCACUCUGUCAAUGUCUAGGUGUCUAGAGGCAAAUGUCGGGUAAUAUCGUCACUCUGUCAAUGUCUAGAUGUCUGGAGGCAAAUGUCGGGUCAUAGCGUCACUCUGUCAUGUCUAGAUGUCUAGAGGCAAAUGUCGGGGAAUAGCGUCACUCUGUCAAUGUCUAGAUGUCUAGAGGCAAAUGUCGGGGAAUAGAGAUCCGUUCCCUUUCGUUAGCCUAGUCUAGUGGGAGGUGGGAGGUGGGGUGGGGUGGGGUGAAGCUAAGAGAUCAACUUCCAGUUUUGGAAUUAAUAUACAUUGUGGCUCAAACAUCCAUUAAAUUAAUGUGCCACGUGGCUAAAGAAUCCAUUAAAUUAAUGUACCACGCGGCUAAAUCAUCCAUUAAAUUAAUGUGUAUCACGCAGCUAAAACAUCCAUUAAAUUAAUGUGCCACGUGCCUAAAACCUCCAACAAAUGAAGACACGGAUGUGAUGUUUGUCAUUUGUUUGCUUGCUCUAGGUAGCUGAACGCAUAGCUCCAAUCCAGCAUACAAUAUACGGAGACGUAAGUACAAAACAAUAA